CAACCUUUUGGACGUUGCUGUUAUGUUAAAAUAAAUAUACAUUAUAUUGAAAAUAAAUAGACAUUAUAUUAAAAACAAAAUAGACAUUAUCCACAUUUAAUUCUUAUUUGACUUAUAGGGAAUGUGGACAUUUGUAGGGUAGGCUACUUUAUUUAUUGUCAGCGUUUAAGCGCAAACAGAAACUGCACAAAAAUCAUUUUCUUUAAUGUGUUUAAAUUAUUUGUAUUAACUUAAAUAGACUUUAAAAACUUAAAAGCUGUCUAAAUCCUCCGAAAUCAAAUCAACCGCCUUAUUGCCUGAAGUUUUACAACCUAAACGGGUAUAAAGGAGGUGUAUAACUAAAAACUAAAAACAACAAACACUGAGGAACGGGUCUGUUUCUCUGAACGAAAUCCAACUUUUCCUUUGAAAACCUUUCCUUUUCGAUGAGAGCCAUUCAUUUCUGAACUUGACAGGUGAUUUCCUGAUUUAGACCAAUGAAAUCGUCUGUUUAUUAUUUGUUUUGGUUUCGCAAUGAGGAGGCGAGGCUUAGUAAGACGGUUAGUUAAAUUGACGUGAACAGGACAAGGAUCACAUGUGUUGAUCUGUUCGGACAUCUUCCCCGACAUACUCUCGUAGUUCAUCUGUGAUCAGAGACUUUGUGGUGUGAUCAGGACUUACUUGCCAUUAACGGUCGUGGAUCGUGAUAUGAACCUGAAAGCGUUCUGCCUGUCUCUCCUUCUUUUUGAAGCCUCCUGUUUCUCUGAGUUUGAGAUAACUGUGCCCAGAGAUCCUGUCACUGGGUUUUACGGAGAGGCGCUGAUCCUCCCCUGCACCUUCCCUGUGGACUCGUGGGAUCUGAGUAGCACCGUUAUCACCUGGCAGCGCGGGCUGGACGUUGCUCACAGCUUCUACUACAGUCGGGACCAGCUCGACCGUCAGAAUCCUCAUUAUGUGAACCGCACCAGCCUGUUCAUCCAGGAGAUGGCAGGAGGAAACGCAUCACUCAAACUGGACAGAGUCACUCUGCAGGACUCUGGUGUGUACACCUGCUCCAUCAGCACCAACACUGGCAGCCAGAAGAAGAGCUUUAGAGUCAAUAUUGCAGCGUUCUACUCUGAACCUCGUCUGCAGUUCUCCAUGUUAACUGAUGGAGUCAACCUGCUAGUGACGUCAGAUGGGGGUUACCCUUCUCCUACACUGCAGUGGCUGAUGGAAAACUCAGACAUCACUAACCAGACACAAACACACAUCAUGAAGGACACACAAACUGGACUUUAUAUUGUGUCUAGUUGGAUAAAUCUCACUGAAGUCACAAACUCCUCUCUGACGUUCAUACUGAACAACAAACCUCUGGGUCAAGACAUCAGGAGAGAGAUCCAGCUGUACUCAGAUAAGAGCGAGAGUCAAGUAGAGUCAGCGUACAGAUGCCACGGAUGCUUCAUAUUGAUCCCUGUUAUUCUGCUGCUGCCGAUCAUCAUAAUGGGUUUAUUGUUUGUGUUCAUUACAAGCAGAAGAAGAGAACAGACCAAACUAAAUGGCUUUACUAAUAUGGGACUCAAGUCUGAAACCAAAAUCCUAAAUGGAAAAUGUCAGCAGUGUCCAGGAGCAUAACAUCAUAAUGUGGUUUGACAGAGACAUGGACUGUAACAAGAGAUCACUGUUGGAUGUUAUUCAAACGUCAAUAUGUUUAAUAUUCUUAUUUUCAUCAAAAACACCAGCUUACCAUCUGUAAUACAGGACAUACUUACUGCUUUGUUCAUGUCUGAAACUCAUAAUAAUCUCAGUGGAAAUGUUUAGUAUGUCCAUAAUGGUUAUUCUGUUAUAAAUUCUGUUACCAUUUCAACUAACAGUGAUAUUAUUUAUACAAUUUAAAGACUUUCUGUGAUUUGCAGACAAUAGCAUUAUAUUUAUUUUAACAUUGUAUUAUAUUUCCUAACCUUGGCAGCUUUUAACAAACCGUAUGUAGUUUAUUAGUUACGUGACACUGAUUAUUUACACUAGGUAACAUUUCAGUUCAUCCCCUAGUGAUGUAUAUAACACAGAUAAUUGUAGUGUUUCUUUCAGCCAAAAUGACCGAAUCUACUUGGGUGCUAAACAGUCUUAACAGAACCAAAAUUAAUUCUAAAUAGAAUUUUUCACUCAUUAAAUACAUGCAGUGUUUUUUUUUUGUUUUUUUUUUAUUUUUUGUUUUUUACAAAUCAAUUACAUAUAGUUAUUUAUUAUUGCAUUGUAUCCAUAAAUACUCUGCAAUUGGAAAAGAUAUUCCAUUUUUACCUGAUGGCAAGAUGACAUUGCAGUGAAUCAACAAAGUUUUUGUUACACUAUUUAUUGAAUGAUUGUUUUUAGACUGUGUAUUAGGAUUUUUAAAAUUCUUUAUAUAUAUUUUUUCUACAUUGUAUUGAGAUUUUCAUUUGAGGUCUGUUUGAAACAGAA